AUGCCUAUAUACGGGACAAGUGUCGCUGAGAUCAAUAUCGGCAUUAUAUGCAGUUGCAUGCCUGUAAUCAUUAUUCUCUUCAAAGGGUUCAAUUCGUGGUCCACCCAGUUUCUUAGCCGAAUUCGGUCCUCUAUUUCUACUAGCAGAAAGUUUUCCGAUCGGAGCAAAGAUAGUGACAUCGAGAUGCUUCGAUAUGAAGGCCUUGAAGAAAACGGUCUCCCCGAGGUUCCGAGAGGAACCAUGACUGGGAUGAGAACUUUCAUGUCAAACUUCAACAGAACCAGGCCUGCCAAAAUGCAGACCGAGAUUCUAACAGUGGCUAGUGCGGAUCUCAACUAUCAUGCUCAGUUGCGUCAGGAGGUGGAAAGGAAAGGGUCGCAUCCUGGAUAA